GAGAUCAUUACCAUCCAGGCCGGACAGUGCGGUAACAGCAUCGGCAGCCAGUUUUGGCAACAGCUAUGCCAAGAACACGGGAUCAACCAGGAUGGUAACCUCGAGGAGUUUGCAACAGAAGGAGGUGACAGGAAGGAUGUGUUUUAUUACCAGAGCGAUGAUACGCGGUAUAUCCCGCGCGCGAUUCUGAUAGAUCUCGAGCCGAGGGUCAUCAACGGUAUUCAGAGCGGCCCGUACAAGAAUAUUUACAACCCGGAAAACUUCUACGUCAGCAAGGACGGACGAGGGGCGGCAAACAACUGGGGUGAUGGGUACCAGACUGGCGAGGCGCUGUGUGAGGACAUUAUGGAGAUAAUCGACCGCGAGGCUGACGGGAGUGAUUCGCUAGAGGGCUUCAUGAUGCUACACUCGAUUGCGGGCGGCACAGGAUCCGGUCUGGGGUCGUUCAUGCUGGAGAGGCUGAACGACCGGUUCCCAAAAAAGAUCAUCCAGACGUACUCGGUCUUCCCGGAUACGACCAACUCGGGGGAUGUGGUGGUGCACCCGUAUAACAGCAUCCUGUCGCUGCGGCGGCUGACGCAGAACGCCGACUCGGUCGUGGUGCUGGACAACGGUGCGCUGUCGCACAUCGCGGCCGACAGGCUGCACGUGCAGGAGCCGUCGUUCCAGCAGACGAACCAGCUCGUGGCCACGGUCAUGUCGGCCAGCACCACGACGCUCCGCUACCCGGGCUACAUGCACAACGACCUGGUCAGCAUCCUGGCCUCGCUGAUCCCCACCCCGCGCUGCCACUUCCUCAUGACGGCCUACACGCCCUUCACGGGGGAUCAGGUCGAGCAGGCCAAGACGGUGCGCAAGACGACCGUCCUCGACGUGAUGCGGCGGCUGCUCCAGCCAAAGAACCGCAUGGUCUCCACCGUCCCGGGCAAGAAGAGCUGCUACAUCUCAAUCCUCAACGUCAUCCAGGGCGAGGUCGACCCCACCGACGUUCACAAGAGCCUGCUGCGCAUCCGCGAGAGGCGCCUCGCCACCUUCAUCCCCUGGGGCCCCGCCAGCAUCCAGGUCGCCCUCACGAAGAGGAGCCCGUACAUCCCCAUGAGCCACCGCGUCAGCGGUCUCAUGCUGGCCAACCACACUAGCAUCGCCACGCUGUUCAAGCGUAUCGUUAAGCAAUAUGACGGUAUGCGUAAGCGCAACGCCUUCAUGGAAGCGUACAAGAAGACGAGUCCCUUCUCCGAGAGUCUGGCAGAGUUCGACGAGGCCAGAGCCGUCGUGACGGAUCUUAUUGGGGAGUAUGAGGCUGCCGAAGACGCAGACUACCUCAACCCGGAUGGUGGUGACAAGGCUACGUCGGCAGAGACGGAUAGGAGGACCGGGUGA